AUGAUGUUGGCCUGCAAAGGAACGGUCAGUGGCAACUCUUCACUACUACGAGUAGCGUCACCAGACAUGGCUUCGAGUUUAGAAAGCUUUCCAAACCCAUCUCCACCCAGACCUUCGGUCAAAGCCCCCCUCGGUCACAGUUCUAUUCGAGCCUCCUCCCAAACAGAGAAACUUGAAAGCCGUCGAGGUUGCGCUAGACACCGCCAUUAUUCCAUCCACAUCCAUCCGCAGGCCAAAAAAAAUUCUGGUACCUCUAGCCCGCAUCCAGUCCCUCAUCUCGGCCAAUCUGGACAGCAACACGUUUCCACUCGACUUGCCCAAGUGCAACCAAGUCGAUUUUUUCAAGGCGUUCUUCCUUCACGACAUCAAUUGUGCGAUCUUUUUCAUCGACCAGAAGAACAAAAGACCGUCAACGCCAAGGAAACUUCAAGGCUGCUAUGGAAAAAGAAAACCAAAGCUGUCCACAACCCCUCUCAUUCUCGCGCACCACUGGCUCCAUGCCUCUCGUUCCCCGUCAUGGUCUUGUCUUCAAUUUCUCGACUCGGCAGUGGUGACUCGAUCAAAAUCCUUCCCAAAUUCCAACGCCCCAAUUUUCUUCAAAACAAGAGCGCAUCGAAGGCAAAGCAAGAGCGUGUAAACUUUUCACCGUCAGCAUCCCGCUCCCCAACCAUCCAGAAGGCUGUCGAUAGGUAUCGGAGUCAAUGUCACGAGGAUGAUAAGGAAUCCCUGACGGCCUUUCUCAAGAAUGCCGGGGACCAUUUGGAUGAUGAAGACAAUGAAGAUGAAGAUCAAUUGCGAAACCCAGCCAAGGCAACUCUCAAUUUCUUUAAAAUGGUUCCUCGCGUAUCAGAGCACCCACAUCCUACGCGGUCCUCAUCGUUUGGAUCAAGUCAUAGUUCGUCGUCCAGCGAUUCAAGUCAAAAAAUCUACUCGCCUGCCUCCCAGACUGUUUCCGGUGUAGCAUCAUCCAACCAACAUUCUUGCAAUCGUGCGCAACAUCUUGCCAAUCGCCACCAAAGAGGUUCUGGAUUGGACUUUUUGGAAUUGUAA